AUGGAUUCCGCUGCAUCCGAUGCCACACAAGGGCAUCAACAGGUUAUGACCGCCCAAGCUGAGACUGCUGCGCAGGUGGUGAAUGGUGUCCAGAACCAACCUGGACCCUCGAAUGAGCCCACAACAAGGGACUCGGCUGGUGGAUCUGGAGUAGUUGCAGGCUACAGAGGUGAGCUGCUUGGGGAGGUGAUGGCUCCUGGAUCAGGGGCAGCUCAUGGGGAGUCUAUAGCUUCGCGAGGUGCGCUGUUGGUGGAGCCCACCGAAUCUGGCGAGUUGCAGGGGGAGCAACUAAGUGCUCCGACGACGACUGGUCUGGACGGAUGGCAGGACUAUGGCGAGACAUCUGGGCGAGGCAGUGCAGAUUAUCUCCAGAUGGGAUCCGUGACUCCGAGGGAGUACCGGAACAUCUACACCGGGUGGUCCAACGUUCACGUUGAGGUCGCCAGGGAGACCAAUGAGUGUGAGGCCACCUACACCGCCAAGCGACUGCAGCGACUCAACAGGAGUUGCCUCUUAGUGGACCACCUCGAGGAGAUCUACCACCGCGACCAGAAGUACCUGAGCGCCCUGGAGGACUGCUGA